UAAAAAUAGUGAGAAAUAAAAGGGAGGAGGUUGGGAGCGGCGCGCCUCACACCAGUCCGGAGAAGCUCGGGGACACCAUCCUUACCACCACAACGCCAAAACACCACAACACCAUAACACAAGAUGGAUUCCCUUGAAGCUGAACAGAUCGAUGCGCUCCGUAAGGCUUUUGACUCCUUUGACACGGACAAGAAGGGCGCCAUCACCACAGAGACAGUGGGAACCAUUCUGAGAAUGAUGGGCGUCAAAAUCUCAGAGAAGAACCUACAGGAAGUUAUUGCAGAGACGGAUGUAGAUGGCUCCGGGGAGCUGGAGUUUGAGGAGUUUGUGGAGUUGGCAGCCAAGUUCCUGAUAGAAGAGGAUGAGGAGGCACUGAAGGAGGAGCUACGUGAGGCCUUUCGCAUCUACGACAAGGGAGGCGAUGGCUACAUCACCACCGACACACUGAGGGAGAUACUGAGGGAGCUGGAUAACAGACUCACCGAGGAGGACUUGGAUGGCAUUAUUGAGGAAGUGGACGAGGAUGGCUCCGGCACCCUGGAUUUUGAUGAGUUCAUGGAGAUGAUGUCUGGUUAACAUGCCUGCCAUCCACUCAAGCUGCUCAUUCCAACAUUGCACAAAUCAUCCCUGCAUAUUGUAUUACACCUGGCCACUCCUGGACACCCACCUGCCCAGUGCCCACCCACCACAUUGAGCUGUCCUGCCCACCACCCCACCACAACCCACACCACCCAUUCUCAACACCUCCUCCAUCCCAACACUCCUGUCUUAUUGUAUUCAGACAUUUACACCCUUACACAUACACAAAUAAUAAUAAUAAAA